UUCGAUAAGGUGGCCUCAAGAAGCGGAGGAGGGUCACGUGACGGUUCCAACAUGGCGGCGCCGUGUCGCUGUCCACUCCCUCUGAGGGAGUCGCGUCUCUUCCGGAUCAUGGAGCCCGGCAGCGGCCGGAGUCUUUGAGUGCCGUUUCCCGCCCUUCGGCGAAGGACAGGCACGGGAGUCGACGGCUCGUCACGGCCAUGCAGCCGCCCUCGGCCCGUGAGCAGCAGGACACCCGUACCAAGAGCAUGUUCGUGUCGCGGGCCCUGGAGAAGAUCCUCUCCGAGAAGGAGGCGAAGCGGCCCCCUCACGGGCAGCUGCGGAGAGCCUGCCAAGUGGCGCUGGAUGAAAUAAAAGCGGAAUACGAAAAGCAAAGCCAAGGCAGUGUAACCACACCGAAAGCAAACUUCAUUGAAGCAGAUAAAUAUUUUCUGCCAUUUGAAUUGGCCUGCCAGUCAAAGUCCCCGCGAAUUGUCAGCACCUCCUUGGACUGCUUACAGAAACUCAUAGCAUAUGGACAUAUCACUGGUAAUGCUCCUGACAGUGGAGCUCCUGGAAAACGCCUGAUAGACCGGAUAGUUGAAACAAUCUGCAAUUGUUUUCAGGGUCCUCAAACUGAUGAAGGUGUGCAGCUACAAAUAAUAAAGGCUCUUCUUACUGCUGUUACAUCCCCAUAUAUAGAAAUUCAUGAGGGAACAAUUCUUCAGACCGUUAGAACUUGUUAUAACAUCUAUCUAGCCAGUAAAAAUCUCAUCAAUCAGACAACUGCCAAGGCUACCCUCACUCAGAUGUUGAAUGUUAUUUUCACACGGAUGGAAAACCAAGCAAUACAAGAGGCCAGAGAGUUAGAAAAAACAAAUCAACAAAAAUCCCACUCUCCCAUAAUUUAUACUGCAUCAGGGUCUCCAAAGAUUGGCCGACUGCAGCAUAACCUACCGGAGAGCAAACCUUCAACUCCUGUAAAAGCCGACCUGACUAAUGGUGAGGCAGAAAGUGCAGAAAAUGGAGAGCAGAAGCCAAAUAACAAUUUGACUCCUCCAGUACUCGAAGAAGAAACUGAUGGAUGCAAACAAAUUGUUAAAGAAAUCUUGGAGGAUGUGGUCACUUCAGCUGUUAGAGCCUCUUUAGAAGAAGAAACAAAAAUGCAAGCUGCAUCUGAACUGGGUAGAAUUCCGUCUGAGCUGGAAACUGUAGCCCCUGCCUCUCCCAGUGCUAUUAGUGAAAAUGCACAAGCAAAUGGAAUUCCAGAUGAUAGACAGUCGGUCUCUUCUACUGAUAACCUGGAAACAGAUGUCCCUGGUCCACAGACAACUGCCAAGUUCUCCCAUAUCCUUCAGAAGGAUGCCUUCCUUGUGUUCCGGUCACUGUGCAAGCUUUCGAUGAAACCUCUUGGUGACGGGCCACCAGACCCCAAGUCCCAUGAACUGCGCUCUAAGAUAGUGUCCCUCCAGCUGCUUCUCUCAGUCCUGCAAAAUGCUGGCCCAGUCUUCCGGACUCAUGAAAUGUUUAUAAAUGCAAUCAAGCAAUAUCUCUGUGUAGCAUUAUCAAAAAAUGGGGUGUCUUCUGUUCCUGAUGUCUUUGAGCUGUCCCUUGCCAUCUUCCUCACCCUUCUUUCUAACUUUAAGACCCAUUUAAAAAUGCAGAUUGAGGUGUUUUUCAAAGAAAUCUUCUUGAACAUUUUAGAAACCUCUUCCAGUUCCUUUGAGCACAAAUGGAUGGUGAUUCAGACGUUGACUAGAAUUUCUGCAGAUGCCCAAUGUGUAGUGGACAUUUACGUUAACUAUGACUGUGAUUUGAAUGCUGCUAAUAUUUUUGAAAGGCUAGUAAAUGACUUGUCUAAAAUUGCACAGGGACGGAGUGGACAUGAAUUAGGAAUGACGCCUCUACAGGAACUAAGCCUAAGGAAGAAAGGUCUUGAAUGUUUAGUCUCAGUUUUAAAGUGCAUGGUAGAAUGGAGCAAAGACCUAUACGUGAACCCAAACCAUCAGGCCACCCUCGGUCCCGAUAAGUCUUCUGAUCAGGAAAUGGGUGAAGGCAAAUGUUUGGACAUGGGAGGAAGAAGAAGUAGUGCAAGCUCCUUAGAUUCAACAGUUUCCUCGGGAAUUGGGAGCGUUGGCACCCAGACCAUGCUCCAUGAUGAUCCUGAGCAGUUUGAGGUUAUCAAGCAACAAAAAGAGAUCAUUGAGCAUGGGAUUGAAUUGUUCAACAAAAAAUCAAAGAGAGGCCUGCAGUACUUGCAGGAGCAGGGAAUGCUUGGCGUAACAGUAGAAGACAUAGCACAAUUUCUGCACCAAGAAGAGCGCCUCUGUUCUAGCCAAGUGGGAGAAUUUCUGGGAGAUAGUAACAAGUUUAACAAGGAAGUGAUGUACUCCUAUGUAGACCAGCUUGAUUUCUGUGGAAAGGACUUUGUCUCUGCUUUGCGUAUAUUUCUGGAAGGAUUUCGGUUACCUGGUGAAGCCCAGAAGAUUGAUAGGCUAAUGGAAAAAUUUGCUGCUAGAUACAUUGAGUGCAACCAAGGACAAACUCUUUUUGCUAGCGCCGACACUGCCUAUGUUUUAGCGUAUUCUAUUAUAAUGCUGACAACAGACUUGCACAGUCCUCAGGUGAAGAAUAAGAUGACAAAAGAGCAAUACAUAAAAAUGAAUCGUGGCAUCAAUGACAGCAAAGAUCUUCCAGAGGAGUACUUAUCUACUAUCUAUGAUGAAAUAGAAGGGAAGAAAAUAGCAAUGAAAGAUACAAAAGAAUAUGCAAUUGCAACUAAAUCUACUAAGCCAAAUGUAGCCAGUGAGAAGCAGCGACGGUUGUUGUACAACUUGGAGAUGGAGCAGAUGGCAAAGACUGCUAAAGCUCUGAUGGAGGCAGUAAGCCAUGCAAAGGCCCCUUUCACUAGUGCCACUCACCUGGAUCAUGUCAGGCCCAUGUUUAAACUCGUGUGGACUCCAUUGCUGGCUGCUUAUAGUGUUGGCCUUCAGAACUGUGAUGACACUGAAGUUGCAUCAUUGUGCUUGGAAGGAAUACGAUGUGCUAUUCGAAUUGCCUGCAUUUUUGGCAUGCAGCUUGAGAGAGAUGCUUAUGUGCAAGCCCUUGCCCGCUUUUCCUUGUUGACCGCCAGCUCCAGCAUCACAGAAAUGAAACAAAAGAACAUAGAUACGAUCAAGACUUUGAUUACUGUGGCCCACACUGAUGGCAACUAUCUAGGGAAUUCCUGGCAUGAGAUCUUGAAAUGCAUCAGCCAGCUGGAGCUAGCACAGCUCAUAGGUACUGGAGUUAAAACACGCUACCUCUCUGGGUCUGGACGGGAGAGAGAAGGAAGCCUCAAAGGUUUCACAUCUGGAGGUGAAGAGUUCAUGGGGCUCGGGCUAGGCAAUCUUGUUGGUGGAGGAGUUGAUAAAAGGCAAAUAGCUAGUAUUCAAGAAUCUGUGGGAGAAACCAGUUCACAAAGUGUGGUGGUGGCAGUCGACAGAAUAUUUACUGGGUCAACAAGACUGGAUGGAAAUGCAAUCGUUGACUUCGUUCGAUGGCUGUGUGCUGUUUCCAUGGACGAGUUGGCUUCUCCUCACCAUCCCCGCAUGUUCAGCUUACAGAAGAUUGUUGAGAUCUCCUACUACAACAUGAACAGAAUUAGGCUACAGUGGUCCAGAAUAUGGCAUGUGAUUGGAGAUCAUUUCAAUAAGGUUGGUUGUAAUCCUAAUGAAGAUGUGGCCAUAUUUGCUGUUGAUUCUUUGAGACAACUGUCAAUGAAGUUUCUUGAAAAGGGAGAGCUGGCCAACUUCCGAUUUCAGAAGGACUUUUUGAGACCCUUUGAGCACAUCAUGAAGAAAAAUAGAUCUCCGACGAUUCGCGACAUGGUGAUUCGCUGCAUUGCUCAGAUGGUGAAUUCUCAAGCUGCUAAUAUCCGCUCAGGGUGGAAAAAUAUUUUUGCAGUAUUUCAUCAAGCAGCAUCAGAUCAUGAUGGGAAUAUUGUGGAGCUGGCAUUCCAGACAACAGGACAUAUAGUCACCAAUAUUUUUCAACAGCAUUUUCCUGCAGCAAUAGAUUCAUUCCAGGAUGCCGUCAAAUGCUUAUCAGAGUUUGCUUGUAAUGCUGCAUUUCCAGAUACCAGUAUGGAAGCAAUUAGGCUUAUCCGGUUUUGUGCUAAAUAUGUUUCAGAAAGACCUCAGGUUUUAAGAGAAUACACAAGUGAUGACAUGAAUGUUGCUCCUGGAGACAGAGUCUGGGUCCGAGGAUGGUUUCCUAUUUUAUUUGAGCUUUCUUGUAUUAUCAAUCGGUGCAAGCUAGAUGUACGAACAAGAGGCCUAACAGUUAUGUUUGAAAUUAUGAAGAGCUAUGGCCAUACCUUCGAGAAGCACUGGUGGCAGGACCUCUUUCGCAUUGUGUUUAGAAUAUUUGAUAACAUGAAGUUACCAGAGCAGCAAACGGAGAAAUCUGAAUGGAUGACUACUACAUGUAAUCACGCACUUUAUGCAAUCUGUGAUGUAUUCACACAGUUCUAUGAAGCUCUGAAUGAGAUUCUUCUUUCUGACAUAUUUGCACAGUUACACUGGUGUGUAAAACAAGAUAAUGAGCAGCUGGCUCGAUCAGGAACCAACUGCCUAGAAAGUCUGGUAAUAUUAAAUGGGCAGAAAUUCAGUCCAGAUGUUUGGGACCAGACCUGCAAUUGUAUGCUAGAAAUUUUUAAAACAACAAUUCCUCAUGUAUUACUGACAUGGAGGCCAGCAGGGAUGGAAGAUGAUUCAUCUGAAAAGCACUUGGAUGUGGAGCUGGAUCGUCAGUCUUUAAGCAGUAUUGAUAAAAAUGCUUCAGAAAGAGGACAGAGCCAAUUUUCAAAUCCCACAGAUGAAAGUUGGAAAGGUGGCCCUUAUUCAAACCAGAAACUUUUUGCCAGUCUCCUCAUCAAAUGUGUUGUGCAACUGGAACUGAUUCAGACCAUUGACAACAUAGUAUUUUACCCAGCAACAAGCAAGAAGGAAGAUGCUGAGCAUUUGGCUGCUGCUCAGAGGGAUACCCUAGAUACAGACAUCCACAUUGAUACUGAAGAUCAAGGAAUGUACAAAUACAUGUCUUCGCAACAUCUUUUCAAGUUGCUAGACUGUCUGCAAGAGUCUCACUCAUUCUCAAAAGCUUUUAAUUCAAAUUAUGAACAACGGACUGUCCUGUGGAGAGCUGGAUUCAAGGGUAAAUCGAAACCAAAUCUUUUAAAACAAGAGACCAGCAGUUUGGCUUGUUGCCUGAGAAUCCUUUUCCGAAUGUACGUUGAUGAAAACCGCAGAGAUUCCUGGGAUGCUAUACAAGAAAGGCUUCUGAAUGUAUGCAGUGAAGCAUUGGCCUAUUUUAUUACUGUGAACUCAGAAAGCCACAGAGAGGCCUGGACUAAUCUUUUAUUGCUGCUUUUAACGAAAACACUUAAAGUCAGUGAUGAAAAGUUUAAAGCUCACGCUUCAACAUAUUACCCCUAUCUCUGUGAAAUCAUGCAGUUUGACCUGAUUCCAGAGCUCCGAGCCGUGCUGCGGAAGUUCUUCCUCCGUAUAGGUGUAGUAUUCAAAAUCUGGAUUCCUGAAGAACAGUUACGGACAACUGGGACACAUUCACUUGCAUGGUAGCUCCAUGGCUGCUUUCCCCCAAAAUCUAUUUAAAGAAUGAUGGUUGGAGGAGAAAAAUUCAUAACUAGCAGGUCUGUCUGAAGAAAAAGAAGAAAACCCUUGGGAGCCGCAGGGUUAAAUGAUCAAGCUGGUAUUUCUGAACGAAACCUUGUCAUUCUGGCUGCUCUAUAAAAAUAGCUGUUAGCAUUUUCACAAUUUAAUGCAGUAAAUGUCAAGUCAUUCCUAUCACUAAGCUUGUCUCUUCAAAUCUGUUUGCAAUGGUUCCCUCUUUUAAUGCCUUCCAGUAAAUUCCCUUUAAUCUGCUGGAACUGAUUAAUGAAUGGAAACUAAUUCCCACAGAUAAUACUGAAUAUAUUCAUAUAGGCUUGUGAUGUUAGCAAAUAUAUUAAUAGUAAAAAAAAGGAGUGAAGAUCAUUGGGAAAAUCCUGCUGAAAUAUUUCUCCUUUCCUCAUUGCUGUGCAUCCAAUUUUAAACUGGGUCCUUUUUCUGCAGUGGUUUGGUACAGUCUCUUCUGUAAACACAAGAGAGUGUUUGGGCAGUCUGAACCAGCAAAAAUCCAAAGCUGUCUUUAUCUGCACCCAUCUAUAUUGCCAACUAGCUGUAUGUUAUAGGAUACAUGUAGUAUGGUGGUGCACAGAUAGCCCAUACUAGAUUGGCCUGUAGCUGAUAGGGUUUUUUCCCCGCCACUCUUUGAUACGCUGUGGUCUCCAACUUCAACAAAGUCAUUUGGGAAGAGAUAUUGUUACAAAGGAAACACAGCCCUUCAAAAACCUGGCAUGCAACCAUAAUCACAGCCUCUUGAUCCAGUUUGAUAUCUCUAAUAAUCUGAGUGGGCAAGACUGUUGAGAUCUUUGGAAGUCCUUCUGAUUUUUCUAUAUUUAAUAACAUGGAGCAGAUGGCAAAAUGAAACUUUAAAUCUCUGAAGUGCACAUGAAAUGAAUUAAAAUUUAUACUGGUUGAUCAA